AUAUCUCUCUCUUUCUGUCUGCUCCCCCCUUUACUCUGUGAAUCUGUUCAGAAAAGCCAUGUCGUACGGCUCUAGUACCAGGGUCAGCAUGGGUUCCGUCCGUACAGGAGGAGGAGGAGGAGGAGGAGGAGGAGGAGGAAGAAGAUCUUUUCCUCACAAUCUGCUAUAGUGAAGGGGGGGUCAGUCCGGCAAAGCUUUUCCUCUGGCUCAAUGCUUAAGUCAAGCAUGGGAGGCAGUGCUUAUGGAGCUGGUGGUGGUGGUGGUAGUUAUGGUGGGGGUGGUUUUGGUGGUGGUUUUGGUGGUGGUGGUGGUUUUGGUGGUGGUGGUGGUUACGGAGGUGGUGGUGGUGGUGGAGGUGGUAGUGUUCUUUUUUCUUCCGGCGGUGCUUAUGGUAGCUUUGGCAUGGUGUGGUGGGGGCAUGAUAGCUCCUACGACCGCAAAUGUCCACGCAACCAGAGCCUGCUGAGGCUCCUGAACUUCUCUUCAUUGACCCCCGACAUUUCGAUUGUCCUGCAUCAAGAGAAAAAUCAGAUCAGGGUUAAACAACCGUCAGCCAGCUUCAUUGACAAGGUGCGAUUCCUGGAGCAGCAGAACAAAAUGCUGGAGACCAAGUGGAGCCUGCUGCAGGAGCAGACCACCUCCCGCUCCAACAUCGACGCCAUGUUCGAGGCCUACAUCGCCAACCUGCGCAGACAGCUGGAUGGACUCGGCAACGAGAAGGUCAAGCUGGAGGGAGAGCUGAAAAACAUGCAGGGACUGGUGGAGGAUUUCAAGAACAAAUAUGAAGAUGAAAUCAACAAGCGUGCUGGUGUGGAAAAUGAGUUUGUGCUCCUCAAGAAGGAUGUAGACGGUGCCUACAUGAACAAAGUUGAGCUAGAGGCCAAGGUUGAUGCCCUUCAGGAUGAGAUUAACUUCCUCAGAAGUGUCUACGAGGCGGAACUGAAUGAACUCCAGGGACAGAUCAAGGACACUUCAGUCAUUGUGUCGAUGGACAACAGCCGCAACCUUGACAUGGAUGCUAUUGUGGCUGACGUCAAGGCACAGUAUGAGGACAUCGCUAAACGCAACCGUGCCGAUGCGGAAUCCUGGUAUCAGCAGAAGUUCCAGGAGAUGGAGAGCAAUGCUGGCUCGGCCGGAGAAGACCUCCGCAACACUAAGAGUGAGAUUGCUGAGCUCAACCGUAUGAUUUCACGCCUCCAGAAUGAGAUUGAGUCAGUCAAGGGACAGCGUGGCAACCUGGAGGCCCAGAUCGCUGAGGCUGAGGAGCGUGGUGAGCUGGCUGUCAAGGACGCCAAGGCCCGUAUCAGGGACCUAGAAGAGGCCCUGCAGAGAGCCAAACAGGACAUGACCCGCCAGGUCCGUGAGUACCAGGAGCUCAUGAAUGUCAAGCUGGCUCUAGAUAUUGAGAUUGCUACCUACAGGAAGCUACUGGAAGGAGAGGAGGACAGAAUUACCGCCGGUCCUGUAAGUGCAACCGUCCAUAUGCAGAGCACAAGCAGCAGCUUUGGUGGUGGUGGUGGCGGCGGCGGCGGUGGCGGCGGGGGCUACGGAGGCGGCGGCGGCGGCUACGGAGGCGGCGGCGGCUACGGAGGCGGCGGCGGCUAUGGAGGCGGCGGCAGCAGCGGCUUUGGAGGCGGCAGCAGCAGCGGCUUUGGAGGCGGCAUGAGCAUGGGAGGAGGCGGCAUGAGCAUGGGAGGAGGCGGGAUGUCAUCAUCAAGAUCCUCCUCCACCUAUUCCUCGUCUGUCCGCCGUCAAUGAAAACAGCAGUUGUCUUCAUCUCCUA